GCGCGUUUUGUCAACUUUGAAAUUCAACACGAACGUCGAAGUUGGAAGUCAACGCUUGUUGAAUCUCAGGGACCUCGCCCAUUAUCGCAUAUCUACAGGUCAUUAUCGUCUAAUCGCCAACAUACUGUGCCGUCCCAACAACAUCUACGUGCAUUCCCGAACCUAAACGGUGACAACAUGCCGCUUCCCAACCCGCCUGCCGCAGAGCCGAACACCGGCCUCCCCUCAGCAGCACAGAUGGAGGAAGAUUUCGCCAUGGCGGCUGAAAGCAGCUCGGAGGAGGAGGAGGACAUUGUCAUGGCCGAGGCCGGCGAGGUACAGGGCGUGGUAAAAGACACCAGGCCGGCAGCUGAGCCUCUUGCGGUCCAGACUGUAAAGGACGAAGACAUGGGAGUGGAGAUCAAGCAGGAGACGAGGGUAGAAAUCAAGCAGGAGGCAAAGCCAGAAGUCAAACUGGAGGAUCUGUUUGCCGGGAUGGACUCGGACGAUGAGGAUUUUAUCACCGUCGUCAAAGAAGAGCCGAUCGACACGAAAGAUACUUCUAUCGAGAUUCUUCGCAUCUAUUACCAGCGCUUCUUUCCCUGGCGGUACAUGUUUCAAUGGCUGAACCACAGCCCGGUCCCCACGAACGACUUCAAGCACCGCGAGUUCAGUUUGUGGUUGCACAACGACGCCGUGAUGCGGUACCAGUCAUAUACCACAUCAGACCUACUUCGCAAAGACGUGUUACGAUUGAUGCCGAGACGUAUCGAAAUCGGGCCUGUGUACACGGCAGACCCGAGAGACCGCAAGACGUUCCGAAACUCGACCGCCUUCGUACCUAUGGCGAAAGAGCUAUGUUUCGAUAUCGAUUUGACAGACUACGACGACAUCCGGACAUGCUGCGACAAGGCAAACAUCUGCAACAAGUGCUGGAAAUUUACUACCAUGGCCAUCAAGGUCCUCGACACGGCGCUACGGGAUGACUUUGGCUACAACCACAUCCUAUGGGUCUACUCCGGUCGUCGCGGUGUACACGCUUGGGUCUGUGACAAGAAGGCCAGGGCCUUAAAUGACCACCAGAGGAAAGCGCUUGCCUCUUACUUUGAGGUCGUGACCGGCAAGCAAGGUGGCAAGAGGGUUAAUAUCCGUCGGCCGCUACACCCCCACCUCUCACGAAGCAUCGACAUCCUCAAAGACCACUUUCAAGAGGACGUCCUGGAGACCCAAGACCCCUGGCAGACCACCGAGAAAGCGGACGCGCUCCUCCAGCAGAUCCCGAGCCUCCAACUCCGCGAGGCCCUGCGCAAGAAGUGGGAAUCCUCGCCCGGCCGCGCCUCCGUCUCCAAGUGGGCCGACAUCGACGCGCUGGCGCAGACGGACGCCAGCGCCGGGCUCGACCCCAAGGACCUCCUCGACGCCAAGCAGGACAUCGUGCUCGAGCACACGUACCCGCGCCUCGAUAUCGCCGUUUCCCAGAAGCUGAACCAUCUGCUCAAGAGCCCCUUCGUCAUCCACCCGGGCACCGGCCGCGUGUGCGUGCCCAUCGACAGGAACGACCUCGACGGGUUCGAUCCGCUGGACGUGCCGACCCUGCAAGGGCUGGUGGAGGAGAUCGACGCCUGGACAGAGACCGACGGGGCGACGGCUGCUUUGGCGGCUGUGGAAAUGUCUGAAGGGGGUGGCGCCCGGAGUAGCCAGGAUGUGAAGCACAUGCAGGAUUGGGAGAAGACGAGCCUGAAGCCAUACAUCGAGCAUUUCAGGUCGUUUGUCACGGCAUUGAUGAAGGAUGAGAGGGAGGCUACGGUCAAGAGGGAGCGGGAGGAGGACGAUGAUGUGGAGAUCAAGGUCGAGUCGAUCGACUUCUAAUGAUAAGGGGUGACGGUGUUGGGUUGGUUGCCUAUAUAUAUGGCGUACGGUCCGUAGAGCGUGUUCUCAGGCCGCAGGGCAAGAAGCUUUGUCGUUU